AUGGCCGCCUCCAGGACGUCUGAGUGCACGUCCACUCUGGAGCACAAACACAAUGAGGCCGGGUCACCUCAGCCCUCUCAUUAUGAAACGCAACAAUCCUCUGCAUUUCUUUCCUUCUGCACCUGUUUGUCUCCGGGCUCUAAUUUUAGCUUCUCGUUAUCUCCCGCCACCGCCAACAGCACCGCGGGAGCUCCACAAAGCUCUGAAGACCUGGAGAAGAAGCUGAAGGAGGUGUUCAGUGAAAGGACCAGCCUCCUGCACCAGCUCUCCAAGACCUCCAAAGAACUGGACAGCCUCAAGGGGAACCUGCAGUCUCUGAAAAACGAUGACUCUGUGGCCAAGAAGGACGUGCAGAGGAUCCUGGAGCUGAGCCACAAGCAGAGGGAUGAGAUGAAGUCCCUCCAGGUGGCGCUGCAGAAACAGCUGGACGAGGCCAAUGAGAGAGCGGACAAACAGCAGGAUACGAUCAAAUUCCUCAAAGUGGAAAUGGAAAAGAAAACGAAAAUCAUCAAAGAUCUGCAACAAGAGAACAAGAGCCUGAAGAACAAGCUGCUCUCUGGGAACAAGCUGUGUGACGCCUACGCUGAAGAGUCCAAAAAAAUCCAGGCUCAGCUGAAAGAACUGCGCUACGGAAAAAAGGAUUUAAUUUUUAAGGGGCAGCAGCUCAUGGACCUGGAACAGAAACUGACUGCAGCCAAAGAAGAACUGGAGAAGACUGCACUGGAUAAGGAGUCUCAGCUCAAGGCCCUGAAGGACACGGUGCACAUCUGUUUCUCCGCUGUUCUCCACAACAACAACCAGGCCGGCAGCCCUCGUUUCCCUAGCAACCCCAGCGCCCUGUUCAGAUACUCCCCCCUCCUCAACAGCUCCAGGGUCACCUUCCAGCAGCCACACGCAAAGGACAUUUCCAAAGUUCAGAGAAUCGUCACAGGUACAAAGUCAGCGGGUAACACGGCGAGGCGAGAGGAGCCAGCGGCGCCACAGUGCCCCCGGCAGGAUGGGAGCGAGUGUGGGCACAACCAGCAGGAUCAGCCGGCCGGAGAGAGGAAAAAGCAGACGGACACAGAGGAGGGAAUUGAUGUUUUCACUAAAGAACUCUUCAUGUGUCUUUUGAUCCGACUCAUUGAAAACCCUGCAGAGAUGAGUGCCUCUUACCUGUUCAAUGACUGCAUGGCAAUCUGGAUCUUGAUUGUUCUCUGUCCUCAGAUAAUGAAUGAAAGUGAGUGUGAGUUAUUGUCCCUAAAACGCUUCUAUAAAUGUCGGCCGGGUCAUUGUCCAGGCCGAGCAGUGCCUGAGGCCAAAGAAGCUGUGACAGGCUUCAGCUCCUAA